AUGCAUUUCUCAAAGAUUAUCGCUGCUGCUUUCCUCGCCGCUCCCCUGGUAGCUGGCCAAUCCUCUGCUUUCGGUGGAGCUGCCCCAACUGGUACAGGUGAGAUUGGAUCCCGCCCUACCGGUGGUGCUGGUGGAUUUGGCGGUGCUUCCCCAUCUGGCGGUUUCGCCAUGGCUUCCGGCGGAGCUGGAGGACGUGGAGGACACCACAGUGGUGGUGCUCAACCAACUGGUUCAUCAAACUUCGGAAACAGCAAGGCGCAACAGUCCGGCGUUGCUCAAGCUUCCGGCAAGGGUGGCCGCAAGGGUGGAAAGGGUGGAAAGGGAGGCGCUUCUGGAAGUGGCUUCGGUGGUGCAUCAAAGACUGGUUCCUCUGGAGCUAAGGCCACUGGAGGUGCUAAGGCUUCCGGUCAUCAAAGACGUCAACAAAGCAGUGCUGCCUCUGCACCAGGUGGAGAGAUGCAACAACCAACUGGCUCCGCCGGUGGCUCCAAGCCAACUGGAGCUCGUCCAUCCGGUGCUGCUCAAGCAUCAGGUGGAUUCGGAGGUCACAGUGGAGGUCACAACGGUGGCCACGGACACAGCAGUCAAGGAGGUGCUUCCCCAACUGGCGCCAAGUUCCGUAACUUCAAAGCUAAGCCAUCUGGUACUUUCUCCCAAGGUGGUGCUAGACCAACUGGUGGAUUCGGUGGCAAACAAGGUGGUGCCUCCCCAUCCGGAGGAUUCCGCGGUCAACAAGGUGGUGCCUCCCCAUCUGGAGGAUUCGGUGGAAACCAAGGCGGUUUCCCAUCUAGCUUCCCAUCCGGAGCUGCUCCAUCAGGAUUCGGAGGUGCUUCCCCAUCUGGCUUCGCAUCCGGCUCUGCUGCCGCUCCUCAACCUACAUCUUAA